AUGUCGCAAGUAAAACUCCAAUUGUGUCUUGGACAAUUUCGCGGCGACACAACAGCUCGGCAAAUCAUAGAUUCCAGAGCAAAAGAGCUUACGAUACAUGGGAAAGUCUACCAAACAGACUCGUGGACAAAUGUGCCGAGUACUAUCCUGGAGUCCGUCUCACGAAAGCUGCAUCAACAGGACAACCAUCCAAUUUCAAUCACAAGAAAAUUGAUUGAGUCUCGUUUUCCGGGAUACCGACAUCAUAAUGAAUUCUUUCCGGUUGUAACCGUGGGCCAAAAUUUCGACUCCUUGGGCUUCCCAGUCGAUCACCCUGGACGUAGCCGAACGGACACCUACUACAUCAACAAGGAUACUGUGCUGCGUACACACACAUCUGCACACCAAGCUGAUGUCUUCCGCGCGAACACAAGCGCAGGCUUCACCAUCUCGGCCGAUGUCUACCGUAGAGAUGCUAUCGACCGCUCACACUACCCUGUCUUCCACCAGAUGGAGGGAGCCAUGACAUGGGACCGCAACACUGUACCCGAAGGCAAGACUCUCGCACAACAGAUCUGGGAAGAUGUUGAAAAGCUGCCCAAGCCCGACAUUGUUGUUGAAGAUCCUAAUCCGACUACUCACCCCGAACGUAACCCUUUGCAGACACCGCACACUCAGGAAGAGGCAGAAGCUGUCGCUGCUCACCUGAAGCGUUCUCUGGAGAAUGUGGUUGUUGAAAUCUUCUCAAAGGCCAAGGAAGCCGCUGCCGCAUCCACUGUUGAUGAAAUCCGUAACCAAGCUCAAUCACAAGAACCUCUCAAAGUCCGCUGGAUCGAGGCCUACUUCCCUUUCACCUCGCCUUCAUGGGAGCUCGAGAUCUUCUGGCAAGGCGACUGGCUUGAAGUCCUCGGCUGCGGUGUCAUCUCUCAACCUCUUCUCGACAAUGCCGAUGCACCAUCAAAAAUUGGCUGGGCUUUCGGUAUUGGUCUUGAGAGAAUUGCUAUGCUGCUCUACGAAAUCCCUGACAUCCGUCUCUUCUGGAGCAAGGACUCUCGUUUCUUGUCUCAGUUCGACGAGAAGAAGAUUCGUCGUUUCGCACCUUUCUCCAAGUACCCCGCUGCACCCCGCGACGUCGCUUUCUGGCUGCCCAAGAGUGCGCCUCAAGAUGAGGUUGUCACAUCCACCGCUUCGAACACUUCUACAUCACCUUCUCCUGCCGGUGGUCUUGCUUCCGAGGCAGCUGCACCUGCCCUUGCCUUCCACGAGAACGACAUUAUGGAGAUUGUCCGUAGCGCUGCUGGAGACUCUGUCGAAGAUGUCACUUUGGUCGAUGAAUUCACUCACCCCAAGACUGGCCGUAGAAGUUUGUGCUACAGAAUCAACUACCGCAGUCUUGAAAGCACUUUGACCAAGGAGCAAGCAAACGACAUGCAUGAGAAGAUCCGUGGAGAACUUGUCAGCAAAUUCGGCGUCGAGUUGAGAUAG